CCUCCUCGGCGGCGGCCAUUCUGAGGGAGAGGAAGGGACAGAGGAGGAGGGAUGGCGUCCGUCGGGGCCGAGCGCGGGAGCCGCUCAGCGCGGCCUGGAGCCCGGGGGCGGCCCUGAGAGAGCAGCGGAGGGAGGCUGUCGGUGAGGCAGGCGCCAUGGAGGCCUGUGGCCCCGCGGCGUCGGAGAAGGAGUGCGGGGCGCUGGGGGGGCUCUUCCAAGCCAUCGUCAACGACAUGAAGAGUUCCUAUCCGAUCUGGGAAGAUUUCAACUCCAAGGCAACCAAACUUCACUCCCAACUGCGGACCACCGUUCUGGCUGCUGUGGCCUUCCUUGAUGCUUUCCAGAAAGUGGCAGACAUGGCCACCAACACAAGGGGAGCCACAAGGGACAUUGGCUCAGCCCUCACCCGGAUGUGCAUGAGGCACCGGAGCAUUGAGGCCAAACUGAGGCAGUUUACCAAUGCCCUCAUGGAGAGCCUGAUCAACCCCCUGCAAGACCGGAUUGAGGACUGGAAGAAAACUGCCAACCAGCUGGACAAAGACCAUGCGAAAGAGUACAAGCGUGCCCGACACGAGAUCAAAAAGAAGUCCUCUGACACACUGAAACUUCAGAAGAAAGCCCGUAAAGAACUACUUGGGAAGGGGGACCUGCAGCCCCAGCUGGACAAUGCCCUCCAGGACGUCAAUGACAUGUACCUCCUCUUGGAAGAGACGGAGAAGCAGGCCGUCCGCAAGGCCCUCAUUGAGGAGAGAGGGAGGUUCUGCACCUUCAUCACUUACCUGCAGCCAGUGGUGAAUGGAGAGAUCACCAUGCUGGGAGAAAUCACCCAUCUCCAGGGCAUCAUUGAUGAUCUGGUGGUCCUGACUGCUGACCCUCACAAGUUGCCAUUAGCCAGUGAACAGGUGAUCAAAGACCUGAAGGGCUCUGACUACAGCUGGUCAUACCAGACGCCCCCCUCCUCCCCCAGCAGCUCUGGCUCCCGCAAAUCCAGCAUGUGCAGCCUGGCACAGCCGGUAAAUGCCAACACCCGCCUGUCCAGCGUCUCAUCACACGACUCUGGCUUCAUCUCCCAGGAUGCCAUGUUCUCUAAGCCACCUUCCCCCAUGCCCUCGGACAUCACAAGUCAGAAGUCCUCCAGCUCUGCGUCCUCCGAGGCCUCAGAGACCUGCCAGUCUGUUAGCGAAUGCAACUCCCCGACCUCGUGGAAACCGCUGAAUGUAGCCCUGGUGGCCAGGACUGAAGGAAGCUCCCGAAGAAGCCUUAGCUUGGACUGGUCCAAGACCAGCCUCUAUGAGCAGCCGGUGGCCAACACCCUGCAGCGUCGGAAGGACCGGGUGGACCAUGUGCGCGAGGCAGAGCUGGGCUCCUCACCGCUGGUGUACCCAGGCCUGAGCUUGGAGGAAGGGCAUCGCCCACGUAUGUCCCCGGCCUCCAUCGCCGCCAAGCAUGGGGAAGAGGUGUCCCCAGCUGCCAGUGACCUGGCCAUGGUGCUGACCCGAGGCCUCAGCCUGGAGCACCAGAAGAGCAGCCGGGACUCUCUGCAGUACUCCAGCGGCUACAGCACCCAGACCACCACCCCUUCCUGCUCCGAGGACACCAUCCCCUCCCAAGGGUCCGACUACGACUGCUAUUCGGUGAACGGGGACAUCGAAGGGGAAAGCCAGAGUGAGUUUGACAAGUCCUCCACCAUCCCUCGCAACAGCAACAUUGCCCAGAAUUACCGGCGUAUGAUCCAGACGAAGCGGCCCGCCUCAACUGCUGGCCUACCCACUGGUACCACCUCGCCUGCUGGCGCACCCCCUGGCGUGGCCACCAUCCGCCGCACGCCUUCUACCAAGCCCACAGUCCGCCGGACCCUUUCCAACGCUGGCCCAAUUCCCAUCCGGCCGCCCAUUGUCCCUGUCAAGACCCCUACGGUGCCGGACUCCCCAGGCUACACCGGCCCCACUCGGGUGGGCAGCGAGGAGUGCGUGUUUUAUGCUGACGAUGCCUCCGCCAAUGCCAUGGACUAUGCCAAGGCCUCGCCUAAGCGACUGAGCCUGCCCAACACCGCAUGGGGCAGCACUGGCAGUGGGAGUGCCAUGGAGAUUUCAGUGUACGCAGGCGCAGGGAAGCACCUCUCCACUGAGGAGGAAGAGCAGCAACUGGCUGCCAACCGGCACAGCCUGGUGGAGAAGAUAGGCGAGCUGGUGGCCAGUGCCCAUGCACUGGGCGAGGGCCAGUUCCCCUUCCCCACAGCCCUGUCUCACACUCCGGGUCCCGGUCCUGGGGAGGAGACGCCCAGCCCUCCGCCCGCGGCCUCCGAUGACCCUCCCACUGAAGACAUGCUGGUGGCCAUUCGGCGCGGGGUGCGCCUCCGCAGGACCAUCACCAAUGACAGGUCGGCCCCGCGUUUUUUGUGAUAAAGCCGGGUUCCCCACCUCCUGCUCAAAGUGGACCCCCACCUGCGGUUGGAGAGCAGCACCGUGUCAGGAUGGGGCCGGGAGGAAUAGAAGAGAAUUGCUGAGCUGCAGGAGGCAAAGAAGAAGCCACUUUAUGGAGAUAGCAUCCAAGCGUAGUUUUACAGAGGAGACUAAACUUUAAAAACAUCUUUGCUAACCAACUUGUGACUUGGCACUGACCUAGUUUUGGACCCUGUUUUCUACGGUCGUUUUCUCCCGCUGUCUGCCAGGGCUCCUUCCCUGCCUGCACCUUGCUGACCCACACAGGUCAGUUGCCACCCCCGACUCCAUCUCCCCACACUCCAAAUGCUAGAGAGGGGCCAUCUUGCCUUCCUGUCUGUGUCUCUGUGUGUGAAAGCCAGGACUGGAUUAAGCAAUGACAUCCAUGGCAUCACCCCCCCCCCCCGAAAAAAAACACACCCACAUGCGGGCUGCAACUUCUACAGACUGCUCGCUUCCCCUUCCCUCGACUCUGGAUGAGACCACAAGUCCCUUCAGUCCUCUACUGGGUCUUUCUUGCCCUUGUCUUCUCCCUCUCUAUCUAUCUCAUCAAUGCUUUUCUGUUUUUCUGUCUUUCGUAAGGGCUGCUUCAGCGGAGGGCUGCACACGUAGUCACCCCAACAAAACAGCUGAAAGUCAGCCCCUGUUGCAAGGGGGGGUCUGCAAUGCACUCUUGGGGCAAAGGUGAUAGAAGGGAGGCUCAGAGAACGGGUUCCUGAGCAGGAAGAGUCUGGGCUCCCCGUGCCAUCAUGCAUAGUGCUGCUCCAAAGCAAAGGCCCAGGUGUUGGCUCUGGAGGCUGAUAGGAUGGUGUGGGGAUAUCUGAAACAAGGAUUUGUGACUCCAAGGUCUGUUGGCAGUUGUGCAAGAAGCCAAGGAAAGGUUUCACCUUUCAAGGCUGCCUCAUUGUCUGGCUUGGGUCUUUUCUGAGAGCCAUGCCCCUGGCAUCCUUGCUCUGGCAGAGGGAGCAGGCUUGGCAGCAUUGGAGCUGUACUGGGGCGUCUCUGGAAUGUGCACAGUGAAGGAGCGUCCAAAUGUGUGCAAGGGUUUAUGGGGAUGAUGCAUCUGUGGAGAGCGGCCUUGGAGAUUUGCAGACUGGGAGGAACAGAAUUGCCAAGAGCGCAGGGCCUGGGAGCAUUGGCCUAACUGGCCAGAGAUCAUGCAUUGCAAAGGGAGAGUCUCAGGACUGAGGAGGAUUCCCAGGUGGAUUACCUGCUGGGUCAGGAGGACCAAAGGUGCUGGCUCCAUAGAAAGCAGCUUCCUGGGCUCCUUUUCCAAUGCUCACACCUUGAACAGUUAAGACUAGGACUAAGCCCCAGACAGUGCCCUCCAUUCACACUUGGUGGUAUCCAUAGAAAGUACUGAUGCUGAAAUGUGUCAAUACUCACAAGGGACAUGUUGAAGGAUAUCGGAAGUGUCUGCAUUCAGGUAAUUGCAGAGAGCGAGAGAGAGCACCAUUGGAAGGGCAGCCAGCUGAGCCAGAGGGCCAGUGCCAAAAGCCUUCAGUGGCACGGUCUGCCAAGGCGCAUGAGCGGUUGGCAUGGGGCUCCCAGAUGGACGAGUCUUGGGGGGGAUGUGAUGGUCGCAUCCCCCCUUCUUCCUUCACAUGGAAGAGGUAGAAAGUGGUUCUGGGGGGGGGCAGCAUAGGAUGACUGGGAGAUUUUGCUCCCUGCUUGGCCUGUUUCCUCUGUCUUGGGAGUGGAAGAGGCAUGCCUUGAGCACGCAGCAGAGCCAAAGACAGCGAUGGAAAGAAACCAGGCCCUGCUUGCCAUCCCUGGGACUGACAGCUUAGCACUAAAUGAGAGGCCCAAAAAGUGGGAGGAGAUGGAGGGGAAUCCUGGUAUGGAUGGAGAUAGUUACAAAACCAAGAUGGUUCAAAGUUUUAGUGCCCAUGGGUCAGGUGACAGAAACAUUUUUGCACGUUUUGGGUUUCACGUGUUGGGACUUUUUCUUGCCAAAGUCAUUUGCACAAUGAACACUGUUCUUGCACAGGGAAAUGCAUUUUGCACAAAGGACCACAAUGUUUUCUGCACAGAAACAUUUUUGUGCAAAUGAAAAUUUCACAGUAACGCCUGAAAUGUGAAAAAAAGAAAUCUUUUGGUGGCUGACCAUUUUUUCUCACAAAGGACAAGGCCUGGGCCACAGGGAGCCUUUGCUUGGCCAGCGGGUGGCCUCCAAAGGGGCUGCCUGAGCCUCUCUGCUGGACACAGUUUGUGGCAUGGCCACUCCGAUCCUCGGUUUGGGCCACCCUCUUCCAGGCCUCUUAUGCUGAGGGUAGGCCUCCACAGAAAAGGGCAAGCAGGCCCUGAGCUACUUGCUGUGUCCUGUCAGUUGGUCUCAUCCCUCUUUUGCUUCCAUUAGUGUUCUGGUCUGGAACAUCCUCAUCUGUUUUAUUAUCUGGCAAAGAGCUAUUAUUUGGGCAAAGGUUAUGCUGAAGGUAAAAAAGAGUUUGCUUAAGUUAAGCUUCAGGUCUUGUUCUUCUGGGAGAAAAAUGGGAAAGGAAUCCACUGCAGUAAUAAGGAAAGGCAGAGUUAGUUCUUGUGAGUUUUUGGGGCUCUGUGGUCAUGUUCUAGAAGAGUUUAUCCCUGAUGUUUUUGCCAGCAUCUGCGCUUGGCACCUUCAGGCAGAGGAUGGACAGAGGGCUCAAGCUGAGCUUUUAGUCUCUCUCGGGCCCAUGUGAAUGCCCCAAAUUCUCCUUGGGACGGCACAAGGAGGCCAGUUCUCUGUUGGUAAGAGGAAAGUGUUGAUGGGAGAGAGGCUGGAGGAAGGCUGCAGCUGGAGAUGGCGAUGGAAGACAUGUGGCACAGAGGAAGCAAAGAUGGAGAGUGGGCCUUUCCCUGCGCGAUCGACUCGGAAGGUGCCAUGGCUUCCUGCCUUGCUGAGGGAAGGAAGACUGUGCUGGGCCGGGUCAGUCUUCUGUUGGGUUUUGGAGGAUGGGUGGCCAGUCUGAUGGAGGUGGUGGGGUGGCAUCCCCCUGACCACCCUUUGGCACUUUGGCAAAGAAGCGAGGGAGACGGAAACCAAGCCAAGCACCCACCGGUUUUAUGCCCGUUGAACCCUUCCAACCUGGCCACAGUGUGAAGGCUGUUGUGCGUUGCAAAAAGGAGCUUCUGGGCAUCAUUUUAGCCCACGCAUACUCUCUCUUCUGACUCCCCAUGUUUUAUCCAACUGCAGGGUUUUUGCAUGUUGUAGAGCACUCGUUUUUGGCAAGGGCUUCUCUCCAUUGCGUCCUGUGGGUUUAGGAAACAUGGCGGUGGUUUCUUUAGGGUGGUGGAGCUGGGGGGCUGCCAGAGAGCCAAGGGAGGCUUGCAAGAGCGGCACAAGACCUGCGCCAAAGGCCUUGGGAAAGCACAACUCCGCCAGCUGCUUCUGCCUCCCUUGCCCGCUUGUGGGCUCCCUUCUCCCGUCCGAACUGUGCGCAGCAGAGCCCCCUGACGUUGUACAUAGCGCCACAGCCAUGUCCUCUGAACCCAGUCGUGUACGUAUGCGUGUGUGUGUGUGUGUCAGGUGUACCUCUUAUACUGUGGUAAUGAUUAUUUAGUUCCGACGUCUCAGCCCUCCUGUGGGUGCCAUGCCUCCAUUCCUGCCAUGACCGGAAACGGCAUUGACGGCGUGCGUGACAAACAUUUGCAUUUUGCUUUUUAUUUUUCGUUGUUUUUUUGUACAGAGGGAAAAACAAACCCUUUAAAAUGUCUUUCAACUGAUGUAACUAUUCUGGUGCUGUUAACUUGUUCCUCCUUUUUACUCUCUCCUCCUCUAAUUUAUUUUCUCUAGCAGUCCAAACUAUCCUGGCCUUUUCCACAACUGUCUUUCUUAAAAACAAAUAAUAAUGAUUUCCCCUCCUGCCUUCAUUUUAAAAUAGUCACUGCUACAAGUAACAAAUGCACUGUGAAGACUCCAGUAUUAAUAAAAGUUGUACUGUACUUAA